UGACUACUAUUAUUAUGCAAGAAGAGAGAAAUUCUAUUAAAUAAUAAUAAUGUUUGUUUAAAAAGACAAUGAAAAUGUUGAUUAUUAUUUGAUUUGAAAAGUAUAUAUUACCUGAAACAAGAAUUUUUUGUAUGUCUUUCUUAUUCAAAACCGAAAGUGCUAAGACAGUUAAUCUCUUUAUUUUUUCCUUACAAUGAAUAUAAUCUGUUUUUUUUUCACUUGAUAUAUAUUGAAGAAGAAUUUGAUUUUGUAUGAUAUCUGAAUACAUGAAUAUUUUAUAUAGAGACAUGAAUACUUCAUACAAAGAUAUGAAUACUUUAUAAACAUGAAUAUGUUAAUGUACAGAAAUGUGAAUGCUUGAUUUAUAGAUAUGUGAAUAUCUGAUAUAUUUAUAUAAAGGUAUGAGUCCAUGGUAUUUGAGUAUAAUAAAUAUUUAAUAUGCUGAGACAUGAAAAUUUAAUUUACAGAUAUAUUAAUACUUGCUAUGCAGACACGUGGAUAUUUGAUGAACAAUGUAUGAAUUGUUGCUAUACUGAUAUGUGAAUAUUAGAUAUACAGAUGUAGAAGAUAUAUAAAUGUGGGAAAGAUAUUUUCCACUAGAUUUAUUAAAAAAUUUAUAAGUCUUAAGCACUUGUUUAAAGCUUCGAUAAUAAAUUCUAUUAAAUUUGUAAACUGCUACCAAAUCUUUCACGAGUUUCCUGAAAUAAACGCAUUACUCUGUAAUGCCUUCAUUAAACUUUACGACUGAAUUUCUGUUAAAGUACUUGUAUGCGCAGUUUAUUUCUAAAAUUUAAAGGGAUCCAUCACUGUUCAUUUGAAAGUAAUAACUUAUAAAGUCAGCUCAGAGGUUGUUCUAUCUUUACACGAGUACCACUGAAACGAUAUUAAACCAAUUUUCUAUUUGGUUAAAAGUUGAGCUCUAAGUGAAUAAUUAGUUUGUUUGUGUUGUAUAUGGCUUCGUGCCUGUCUUUGUGUUAAGUCUCUGUGUAAAUAUAUAGUGAAAGAAUUGAAAUGUCUGAGGAAGAAUCUUUGUGAAAGAAUUUAGACUGCGUCAUUUGAGAGAAUUUAUAUUGACUGGACUUGGCUUUCUCGAAAUAGAACGGAAAGAACAGUUGCUAACAUAAACAAAUGCCACGCUUCAACAACCCAUCAGGAUUGAGAUACCCACACUACGUCACUUGCAGGCAUCUCAUUAUAUUUCAUCUCAAUUAAUUUUUUUGGAUAUUUUCAAAACUUUCUCCACUCGGUUAUUACACAAUAUUAUCACUCGUUUGACAUCAGAUAUCCACGAUUAACUAUUAAACAAUAAAAACAAUGAUGCAUCUUCUUCACUUGUACUACACUGAAUAAACAUUUGGUAUUUUCCUUGUCCUGGAUGUCGAAGCAUUUAUGGUUCUGCGCCAUUUUGCAUUCUUUUGAUCUAUUAAUUUUGUGGGGGACUUAAGUUGAACUCUACGAAAACAAUGUCCUUCACUGUACGGCGUUACAUUUCUAGUUGAGUUUGUCAUAUUUUUUUUUUGUCUCAUCUACAGACAUUAGGAGACUGAAGCUGAGAUGUAACUCUGACAAAAACAAUAAGCACCAGUGGUACUCCUAAUCCAUUCUGUUACAUUCGAAACAUUUCAAGUCCUUGAUGUCAAAGCAAAUAUAUUCUAGAACACCUCGACGUUUUUCUCAAUCUAUAGAUUUUAGAUGAUUCAACUUAAGUUACAACUCUGCAGCAACAAAGAAAUAUGAGUAACAGUAAUAUUCCUUCUCCAUUCAUUCCUCAGUGCUACUUUCAAAAUUUCAACUCUACGAAAUUUGAUGUUCUUCUCAGUCUAUUGACAUUACGGGACUUGAAGAAUCUAAAUUCUUCUAACCACCAAAGUGAACAUCAGCCGACUACAGAUUCUUCAGUACUAUCACCAAGAAAUUGCUUCAUUAUAGCAGCUUAUAGUGCAAUAAUAAUCAUCAGUCUGUUCGGAAAUUGCCUAGUUCUUAACAUAGUGAUUCGAAAUUCAAGACUGCGCACUGCCACUUACAUAUUCUUCGCCAAUUUGGCGCUGUCUGAUCUGAUGAUGACGGCACUUAAUGUUCCUUUCAAUGUCGCACGAUUGAUUCUUCCUGAUUGGCCUUUUGGUUCAGUCAUGUGCUCCAUAGUACCAUUUGCGCAGUCUACUUCUGUCUAUGUAUCGACUUUUAGCAUGACUUAUAUUUCAUUUGACAGAUACAAAGUCAUCUGCAGGCCUCUCAAACCAAAAUUGAGAAGCUCUCAAGCGUUUAUAGUAACUAUUUGCAUUUGGUUCCUGGCGCUCUCUUUGUCUGUCCCGUAUGCUAUUUACAACAGAAUUAUUCCGAUCUUCACAUUCAAGAUAGUGAAUCGAUGCCAGACACUCUUCCCUGAAACAUACAGCCCAUGGAUUGAACUCAUUUCCCUAAUGAUACAAUAUCUGUUGCCACUCACAAUAACUGGAAUACUAUGCGGCAAGAUCGUCUGCCAUAUUUGGCAGAGGAGUCCAUUCGACAAUUUUACUAAAGAACAGAUCAUCGUCCAAGAAAAAAUGAAAAGAAGGGCUGUAAAGAUGAUUAUUAUUGUGGUGUUACUUUUUGCAAUCUGCUGGCUGCCGCUCAACACAUUUUACAUGCUCAAAGAAUUCGCAGGAAUGGAAUUCAUGUGCGAGUCAUCCAAGUCCACAACUAUUCAUUCCACCAUCUAUUUCUUUUGUCAUUGGCUGGCCAUGAGUUCUGUCUGUUACAACCCAUUCGUAUAUUGCUGGUUGAACGAGCAUUUCCGAAACAAGAUUUUGAAUUGCCCUUUAGUCUUGUGUAAAUUAGGCUUAAGACUUUUCACUUGCGUGAGAUCAAUAACACGUUUGAAUCCGACGAGCAAGUUCGAUGAUAUGAACAAAGAUGAGUUAAAUCAGGGUGAUAGUGUCGUAAAGUGUAGUGAAUCGAACCCCCCUUUGACUGAAAACGAUAGAAAUAUGACUGUCAUGAAUGCGUAUGAAUCGAUGCAAACACUUGUCAGUUCAACUCCGAGGUCCUCCAUUGAGAUGAGUGUUCAGUGUAAAUCUCUUCCUGGUCUUGUCGAGGAGGGCAUCCAUAUUUAAGUAUAAAAAAGAAAUUUCUUCAUUCUUAUAUAAUUUAGGCUUAAGACCUCUGAUAGAGUCAAUAAAAAGUUUGAAUCAAACUCUCACAAAAUAAGGAGCGAUAAGAUGAAGUCCUAAAUUAUGGUAAACUUUCGACUGUGUGGAAAUUCUAUGAAUGCAAAUUAAUCUAUUCAAACACUUGUUAUUUUAACUCCAG